UCCUGAAGUGGUAGACCUUAACUGAUUUCCAAUAAAGUUUUGACUUUAAAAACGAUGUGUUUUCAAAAUUUCCGUUUCAUUUAUUGCUCUUUUUAUGAGAAGGCCAGACAUAGCUGCAUCUAUGCGAUGUUAAAAUAAUGAAGCUAUGUGCAAUGUCACGUCCAAGCUCGAUUAUAAUGAGCGUGACCAAUUCGCUUAUGGUCUAUGAAUAAAUGCUGUGGAUUAGUAGGCGGGAUGCACGGGAUUUAUGUGGCUUUUGGGAGCAAUGGAAAAAAUUCAUAUAAAUAGCAGUCGGUUCGAAAGCGGAUCGAGAAGUUUGAAGUGGAAAUUUUUUUCGAAAAAUUUAAAAAUGAAAAUUCUGAUUAUGGUGUUGCCGCUUGUGGGAAUAUUUAAUGCCGCAUUGGCCUCCGAGGUCUACGACGAAGAUGAGCCACUGGAUCCAGCCGUUAUUGAUCACGUCAAUCACAAAAUCGAAAGGGUUUUGAGGAAGAACCCCCCUGCCUACCCUCCACAAAGUGGCCGGGAUGUGGAGCUGAACUAUAACCUGGAAGAGCUGCAGGAGAGCAAACUCCGUGCCAAUGCCACUGAGGCCGAUGAGGAUAUUGCCCUGAAUGCCAUUAUGACAUUUAAUCGAUAUUUGAUCCAAUUGCAGGAUCUCCAGCACUCGGUGGCCGAAGCCGAGAGGGAGCUAAUCGGUUUGGCAGAAUAUGGAAAUUUCAAUCAAAACCAAAACGAAAAAGCCUUGGAGGUCUAUCGCCUGCUAAGGGGGGCGGCUGAGAAUGGCUCAACUUUUGAAAUGCCCGAAGCCUUGAGGAUCUAUGAUCUCUUCAAGGUCCAAGAAAUAUUUGGAGAGAAAUUUCUGGCCGAGGAGCAAAUGAAAGCCAGAGAGCAGCAAGAGAAUCUUGAAGAGCAGCAAAGAGAACAGGAAGAACAUUUCCAAAAGCAACAGAGAGAACUACAAGCAGAGAAGGAGAAAUUGGGAGAGGAGUUAAGGAGAGAGGAAUUAGAAAAUCUGCAAAAAGAAGAAGAGAAAUUAAAGGAAAAGGAAGUGGAAAUGGAGGCGGAAAUGGUAAAUCAAAUAAGGGAAAGAGAAGAGCAAGCAAUGCGGGAAGAGAAACAAAAACUGGAAAUGGAAGUUGGAACUCAGGAAGAACAUUUGAGAGAGGAAGAGAGAAAAUUGGCAGCUGAGUUGGAGGAGGAGGUAAAAGAGAAGGAAGUGGAAUUAUUAAGCGAAGAGGAAGUAAGGAUAAGGGAGGAAACUGAAAAACUGGAAAAAGAGCAGGAGCAGAAAUUGCAGCAAAAGGAAGCGGAGGUGGAAGAGUUAUUGAAAGCUCGUCUGGAAGAAGAUAUUCUCCGAAUGGAGGAGGAAAAUGAAAAAUUAGAAAAUGAAUUAAAAAGAGAAGAGCUAGAAUUACAAGAAAAUUUUGAAAAAAUUCACGAGGCAGAACAGGCCGAGGAACAACAGGAGGAAUUAAAACUCCAAGAAAAAGCAGUGGAAAUUGAAAAGGAAUUGGAAAAUAAAUUGGAGAUCAAAGAAAAUGAAGCAGCAGAAAAAUUACAGGAAGAAGAAAUUCGCUUGGGACAAAAGCAAGUCGAACUGGAAGCGGAACAAGAGAGAAAACUGGAAGAAAAAGAACAAGAAGAGGAGGAAACUUUAAAGGAAGAAUUACAAAAAGAACUCCAACAAAUGACAGAUGAAGAGGAGAAAAUAAAAAAUGAAUUGGAAACAAAGAGGCAACAAUUAAAGGAGGAGGAAUUGCAAAUGGAAGCGGAAUUCGAAGAGGAUCUGAAAAGAAAAUUCCAAGAAAAUGAAGAAAAGAUUUUACAACAACAACAAUUAACAUUGGCCGAAAAAUUGGACAAAAUUUUUCAGGAAAAAAUGACAGAAAUGUUAAAAAGCGAAGAAGAAAAAUGUGAAAAAAUUCUCCAAGAAAAAGAAGAGGAAUUUCUCAAAGAGGAUGAAGAGAAAUUGCGGGAAAAAGAAGAGGAAGUGGAAAAUGAAUUAAAACAAAAAUUAGAAGAUAUGGAGCAACAAAUAAAAAAUUUUGAAAAUGAAAGAGAACUCGAAUUGGCGGCAAAAUUACAGGAAGAAGAACAAAAAUUAUUGGAACAGGAUGUGGAACAAUUAAAGGAGGAGGAGGCAAAAAUACAAAAGGCCGAGGAGGAUGCGAUCAGUAGCCAGGAGAAUGAAUUAAAACAGCAAGAAUUCCAAAUCGAAGAGGAAAUGCAAGAAAAACUUCGAGAGGCAGAGGAGGCCCUGAGCAGCUUCGAAGGCUCUCAAACUAGAAAUUUUACAGAAGCACAAAAUUCCACACUUAUGUCUUCAGAUGAAAAUUCGGAUACCCAAAAAUCACCAGCCACUGACCAGGCUGCUUCCACCUCACCUUCCAACAGCGAAUCUGAGAAGUAUUCAAAUUUGCCAAUUGUUUUGUCAUUUCAUCAGUCACCUCGGCUGUCGUGGCAGGACUACAGCAAUAUUGUGAGAGAACUUACAAAAACCUUGGUCAGAGGUCUGGAAAAGGGAGAGGAGAAGGUUAUUAGUUUUAGGGUUAAUUUUUAGGAAGAAAAUUUUCUUAAAUACAAAA